UUGGUCAGGUAUUUGCAUACAAAAGCUGAUCGUCACAUCAACGCAUUUCACAAGAGUUUAUUGGUUAUGCUUCGUUCUCGACUGUUUGGUCAAUGUGUAUGGCAAUACUCGGGAUUGACAUCCUCAAGAUGCCUCAAGCUAAUGAAACCAAAUAUAGAAGUCCCUAGCCUACUCGAUCGUACCAAAUACCGACUUGGUGUUGGAGACUUACGCUACCCAGCAAGGCAGUUAAAAGCCGCUGGUGAAAACAUGUUCGCGAUAUGUGCUGAGUAUCCGGUGUUUGAGGAAUUUGUGGAUAAGCUUUCCCUUCCAGACACCUUUCAGUCAUGGUUUUCCUUGACAGCUUUACAUAUUUGGAUGUGCCUAAUACGACUUCGGCGCGAGGGUGUUGAAGGUCAGCUUAUUAAACGAACUUUGGUGAAUGUAAGCGCAAAAUUUUAUAACAUUAAUUUCACUAUGAAUGCCUUUCAAAUGCAAUUUUUCGGAUCUAUGUUCGCCUACGAUGAAGGAUUGCUGUCACAUUCGGAUGCCCUUUUGGCCACAGCUUUAUGGAGAAACCUGUUCAUGUCAUGCGACACAACAAGCGCAGUUGAACUGGAACUAGCCCUGGAAUACUUGCGAAAAAACCUAGCACAUUUGGAUAGUCUUUCUUCGACGACUAUCCUACGGUUCGGAACUCCUACUUUUUUACCUCUUGUAGGAAAGGAGCUCAACGCGCACUUUGCCAAUGAUCGUUUACGAUAUUGUCUUUCCUGGCCAGAAUUCGUCAAUUGA